AUGUCUAAGAAACGCAAGUAUGAUGAACAUAGAGAAUUUAAAUUACAAUGGGAAGAAGAGUUCUUUUUCACAGAACGAAACAGUAAACCAUUUUGUCUCAUCUGUCAAUCCCAACCAUCACAAUUCAAGGUCAGUAACUUAAAAAGCCAUUAUGAUACAAAUCACAGUUCGUUUGGUAACGAAUUUCCUACUGGUUCUUCUGAUUCGAGAAAAAAUAAAUUAAGCACAAUGAAAUUACAAUUAAAUAAACAAAACCAAUGUUAUAUCGGUAUUUUCCAAAGAAACCGAUAA